AUGCAGUCAGGUAUUGAACGUUUGCCUAGCGACCUGCAAAAAAGGGUCUAUGGUGAUCUAGACUACCAGUCUCUUAUUCACCUCUCCACCAUGAACCGUUAUUUCCACCAAACCAUCGACCCUCAAGGCAUGGCUGACCCUGACGACAAAGCUCAAUUUGUCAUGCGAGCUGCCAAGGAUUUUGCCCAACAUCGUCCUAGCGAAAAAGGUCACGACUACAAGCCUGGAAACUUUGAAUGCUACGUCUGCUUUCGAGUUCGCUCUCCCGAGCACUUUGACAUGCUGCAGCCUCAGCAUGCGUACGUCGACUCUCACGGCCGUCUGGUUACUGAUCGCGACCCUCAGCCUGGCCGAGACAGGCAAAUCACCCUCCGGCGCUUCUGCAUCGAGUGCGGUGUUCGCGAGGGCCUCCACGCUCCCUUUGACUGCCUCACCACCCGCACCGGCCGCGACCUCUGGGUGUGCAAAUGCCGACGAAUUUGGGCCAAGCCCGGGUGCCUCCGCUGCCCCGACUGCCGCGGAGACUGCCCUCUGAGACCCAAGAAGAAGUUUGGCUUCUAA